GCCACCUAACUGAAGAGACUGGCAGUAGCAGGGAUCUAAUUCGCAGGCAACCAAUUUCAUGGAGGAUUUAGAAAAUAAUGAAGAACCCCCCAGAACUCAGUUGGAGAUCUGGCAUCUCAUUUAGACAUUGUAAAGCAAGCCAGACACACUGAAACCUUCUCAUAAUCACAUUUGAUCUCAGCAACUGGUUCCAUCCAGCAUCUUGCACAGGGCACAGUCCACCACCACCACAACAACACAUUGCAACUUGUGGACUUAGCAGUGCCCUGGAUGGCAGAUCCAGUGUCCUACUUCCAGCUUGCAGCCUCUCACAUAUGGACUCAGUUCACCAGAAACUUUGGAUUGCUUUCUUGCUCCUCCACUGCCUGGCAUUGACUGGGUCAGUUGGCAUCCUGGAUCCAGCAAUACAGAAGCAACUUGACAGCCAUCAACUGAGCCAGUUUGUUCACCAGCUCCACCACUUAUGUGCUUCCUCUCCACCCUUGCCUGCCUGUUCCACCAUUCAAGAACAACAUCUGGGAUGUUAGGCUGAAAGACCAUCACAGACCUAAGCAUACUGAGAGUCCCUUUUUAGCCAAUUAAAUCCGGAUCUGCACUUAAACUUUGGUCUGCCUCUGAUCAGCUAAGCUAAGGCAUCAUGUCAGGAGAUUAUGAUGAGGAUAGGCAUCGCAAGGCAAUGGAGCUCCUUCAUGUGCUGUGUUCCAACACAUGUGCUGCCCAGGAACGUGAAAAGUGUCAGGAACUGACAGGGCAUGUGGGUCCCAUCAACACAGAGAUCCUGGUUAGUCUUCUGUCAGUGAUUGUGACUUUCUGUGGGAUUGUGCUGCUGGGCGUCUCCCUUUUCGUCUCUUGGAAACUAUGUUGGAUCCCCUGGCGGGACAAAGGAUCCUCAUCACAAACCCAACGCAAGGAGCAUCCCCUCCAUGCUCAUCUCCACCACUCGCCUUUUGGGGAUCUCCUGGCUGAGCGGGUGGAACUGGGUCCUGAAAUGCCUGAGAGAUCAUACCUCGAUAUGGAUUCCUAUCCCGAGGCCAACCUCAAGGUUAGCCAAACCUCCCCUGACCUCCCCGUGGAAAGUCAGACCGGUACCAAGGAAGGCAGCAUUCCCAAUGCUCACUCCCACCAGCAAGUAGCAAGCUUGGCACCCACUCCCAGGUACAACACACUGCCACGUCCUGUGACCCAGCAAUUGAGCAGCCCAGACACUGGAGUCCAUGUUGGAGGAGAAGACAAGGUGGAACAAGUGACGAGCAUUGGGCAGAUAAAACCUGAACUGUAUAAACAGCGCUCAGGUGAGGCAGACUCCAAGAAAGGGGAGGCUCCAAGCUGUGGACAAUUAAGCUUUGCCCUCCGCUAUGCCUAUAGCACGGAGCAGCUGGUGGUCAGGAUACUCCGAGCUUUGGACUUACCUGCCAAAGAUGCAAAUGGUUUCUCUGACCCCUAUGUGAAAAUGUACCUUCUGCCUGACCGUAAAAAGAAAUUUCAGACAAAGGUGCAUCGCAAAACCCUCAAUCCUAUUUUCAAUGAGACCUUUAACUUCAAUGUCCCCUUUGCUGAACUGCCCUCACGUAAGCUUCAUUUUAGUGUCUAUGAUUUUGACCGUUUCUCCCGUCAUGAUCUGAUUGGCCAAGUCGUCCUGGACAACCUGCUGGAGAUUGCUGAGCGGGACAAUGAUGCUCCCCUCUGGCGGGACAUCAUGGAAGCCAGUUCGGAAAAAGCGGACCUUGGCGAAUUGAAUUUUUCCCUCUGUUACCUACCCACUGCUGGUCGUCUCACGGUUACCAUCAUUAAGGCUACCAACCUCAAAGCCAUGGACCUGACUGGAUUUUCUGAUCCCUAUGUCAAGGCAUCCCUCAUGUGUGAAGAGAGACGCUUGAAGAAGCGUAAGACUUCCAUCAAGAAAAACACUUUGAACCCCAGUUACAAUGAAGCUCUUGUCUUUGACAUUCCCCAGGACAGCAUGGAGCAUGUCAGCAUUACCUUGGCAGUCAUGGAUUAUGAUUGCAUUGGGCAUAAUGAAGUCAUUGGCAUGUGUCGAGUGGGCAAUGAUGCUGAUGCACCCGGGAGAGAUCAUUGGGCUGAGAUGCUGGCAAAUCCACGUAAGCCCAUUGAACAUUGGCACCAGCUAGUAGAGGAGAAGACUUUGAACAGCUAUAUCAACAAGAAUCCUCCAGCUCGAGACAAACCUAGCAUCAUAGUAGAAAGUGUUCAUUCAGACUAAAGCAACCACCAGCAGCCCUUUGCCACCAGGGACUGGUUCCAGUAAUGUGCUCUCAGAACUUUCUGGAGUGUUAACGUUUCCUCAGAUCCAUCUGAGAGGAAGUGCCAAUAGGAGAUCAUCUGAGGGAAGGACUGCAAGUUCCUGCUUCCCUCAAUCCCCAUCUUCCCCAGAAAGUUUGCUGCCUGAUGCAUUUUUCUUUUCAAAAGCCAUAAGGGCAGCCAUCAAAGAGCAUUUUUCUUGUGGGAGGGAUAUAUUGUAUCCGGAAUUAAAAAUAAAAAAGACCCCUCCCCCUAGCUUAUCUAAAUGGGGGUGGGAUCUUUUUUGACAUGCAUGCUAUUGGAGUCUUUGUUAUGGAAAGAGUCAAAAUGGUAAACUAGAAACCUAUGCUUUGUUUUUCAAAAUUGCUCAUUGGACAGGAAUUCAAGAGGUUCCCCUUUCCCAUGGAGCUACAGUGGGACCUCGGGUCAUGACCACAAUUUGUUCCACAACCUUGGUUGCAACCCGAUUUGGUUGUGGUCUGAGCCGUUCAUGACUUGAGGUCCCACUGUAUUUAGUAGAGUCCUUCAGACUGUUAAACGUACAGUCUUAUUCAGGAGGCAUAAUAGGGGACAGGCAUGGCAGGCAACCAUUCUUCCUUCUACAUCCUAUCCUGUGUACGGGCGUCAAAUCUUCUCACGGCUGUGACCUUAGAGCCAGGUGACUGUUAACCCUUCCUCUCUUUCUUGUUUUCUUUUCACAACAGAUCUUUUGAAGGCAUGAAGGAAUGUCUUUGUGGGUGCUUGGUCUGAUAGGGGUGGGGGCAGAGUUUCUGCAUAGUACCAGAAAGCAUGCAGCACCCAUUACCUCAGUCUUCAUGAACCUCCAGCCCAAGAAUAGGAGGGAGGGAGAAGAAAAUUGCCAUUCUUUCCUCAUCACCCAACCUUGAUAGACAACUGUGUAAGUGACCCAGGAGGACUCCCUGUGGACAUCCCUGCCAAUUUGCCCUGCUAUGCCUUCUGCAUCAAGGACCACCAUGGAAUUACCUUCCUACAGAUUAACAUCAGGCUUGUGACAUCAAAAUGGCUCCAUAAUGGACUAAAUUAAGGCCUACUUUCUAACCUGGAAUUAGAUUUGGGCUCAGCUUAAGUCCAAAUAUCAACAGCCAGUUCUGGACUCUUUCAUAUGUAUGUGUAAAUGUUUGGGGGUGAGAUAAUAGUGUGACUCCUUUCCUAAGUCUCAUUAAGUUUGCUGCUUCUGGCUUUUGCAUGGUCACCCUCCACUCAGUUUGAGUGUGUUGAGUGCUUCCCAGAUUUAAGCUAGGACAGCCUCUUGGUCAGAGAAUCAAGACGUCCUGGUUCUCACCACUCAAGUCUCCACUGUGUUAUUUCAUUAUGUACCCCCCCCACACUCCAUUUGUUUUUAAAUUUGGAAUGUCUUUCUUUUUCUUGUUCUCCCCCUAAGUGCAUCCAUUUGUCAUUUUGUCUUGGUCUCUGAAACUCAGUCCUGUUUAUGGUUGUUUUUUUGUUCUAAUUGUGUGAAAUAAAGGGAGGGGGAGGGAUAAAACAGGAGAAUUAGCCCUGCUUCCUAAACUUCUGUCGCCCUUUUUUUUGGGAAAAGCCAUAUACUCUCCCAAUUGCUUGGCUAUAAAUUUCUGGCAUUAAUGGGAGAGGGAGGGGGCCGGAAAGUGAUCUCUCUUCACAAUAGUUUGGAACUUGAAGUUGCUGCUAAAACCAUGACAUCAAUAAAACUGGAAGAAAAACAAGAAAAAAAGUAUCUCUGGAAUUCAAGACUCUUUUGAACAAAGGUGGAAUAUAGCAGUGGAGAUAAAUGAAGGAGUUGAACCUGUAUUCAGCAUUCUACCAAUAUAUUCUGAUAAAGCGGAGAUGUAUAUGCUCUUAUUUCAUCAGAAGAGAGAAAUACGCUCUUUAGCUGGAGAGACUUGUAUUUUCAUCUGUUGUAGAGUAAGGCAACUUUAUGUAUCUCAACCACACCACGCCAGAAAAAGUGAAGCAAGCUGAUAAAUUCUACUGGCAGCCAAGAAUCAAGCUUUUUUGUUACUGUGGUUGUAUCCCAUCAUUCCUCUUGCAGAUUAAAAUAGCACAUACAGGUAGUCCUUGCCUUAUAAUGUAAUUGAACCCAACAUUUCUCUGGCCAAGCAAGACACUUCAGUGAGUUUUGCUACAUUUUAUGAUCUUUCUUGCCACAAUUGUUAAGUGAAUCGUUGCAGUUGUUAAGUUAGUCACAUGGUUGUUAAGUGAAUCUGGCUUUCCCAUUGACUUUGCCUGUCAGAAGAUUGCGAAAGGUGAUCACAAAAGCCUGGGAUACUGCAACUGUCAUAAAUACAAGUCAGUUGCCAAGCAUCUGAA